AUUGAAUGUAAACAAAUUCAAACAAACGGAGCGGGAGAACCUUUAUCCUUUGCUUUCCUCGAAUUGAGUCUUUAGCAAAAAUGGCCUUUGCCACAGAGAAAAUCGACACCGUUGUAGUUAAGGAAAGUCUGGAGCGCUUGAGAGACGACGUAGCCAUCGGGUUAGAGGAUCUUACUCGAGAAUUGGGGGAGAAAACGCGGGUGUUAGCCAGGGAACCCAGUUUACGCGACGAUAAAGACUUGGAUAAUAUGAUGAAAAGAAAACUGCAUCUCGAGAGUGAAAUUGAAGCUACGAUGGAGACGGACUUGGCAUUUCUUCCAGAUGACAAGAAAAUGUUGAUCAGGCUGGCAAGAGAAGAGGCAGAGUCAACGGCCCUGAAUAAUAAAAGGGCUCUGAAUUUUUAUCAGCAAAAGAAAAAAGAAUUGCAAGAAGAGAAAAAAACAUAUGAAGAGAUGGUCAACAAAGCAGUUAAGGUUAAUGAAAAAUUAGACGAAUUACUCAAGGACAGAUCAGAGUCAGCUCUCAUAGACAUUCUGAAGAAGAGGUAUGAAGAAACAGGAAUAUUAUUUAGAGAGCUCCGGACAGUGCUUCACUUAAUUUUGACAGAGUUCUACCCUGAAGAGGAAGAGGGAUUGUCAAUGGAAAAUCUUCUGGAGGUUCUUGUUACCAAGAUGAUUGAAGAUGGUAAUGACCCUUAUGUGAAUAUUCACGAAGGCAUGAAGGAUUAUCACAUUGCAUUUUUACUUCGGGCAAACCUCAUCAUGAGGCAUAAAAAUGACGUUACUCGUAUUAGGUUUGUUGAUCCAAACUGAUUGCCUGGACGCAUUUGCUGUAUAAGGUUAAGCCUCUAUGUUUUAAAUUACAAUAUAUUGUUUGUUAAUAACUGUAAAACAGGUUAUUUUUUUUAGAGAAUUUGAACUUUUUUUGAAAGUUGUGGAAGAUACUUUAUGCUACAAACAAUAUUCAGUUGAUAGGUUUCUUUCUUUAUCUGUGUGACUGAUUUGCAUUGUAUAUACAGUUCUGAUAACUGAAUUUCAUUAAACUUUGAGCACUUAAAAAGUCUUUCAUACUGUAUAUUGUUUACCUAAAAGGUAUACUGGUGUUCAAAAAGGUAUGGACAUGUUCUUUAUCUAGAGAAAUUAUAGUAUAUUUUAGGCAGGUGUGAAAGAUUACGAGGUAAUUAAAGGGAUUAUUUUUA